CCGUCAUGCCUCACGCUAAGGCUGUCCGUUUGUCGCCAGUGAAACCACCAGCCUGUCCUAAGGGGAAAUCAUGGAGCGCUGGCGUGCAAGCCUGUGUCUCCACGUGCCGCGAUGUCAGGGACUGCAAAAAGACCUCUGGCUACUGCGUCAAUGGAAUGUGCCUGUGCAAGACUGGCCUUGUGAUGCUCCCCGAUGAGACAUGUGCCUUACCAUGCGACCGGAACGAGUGUGGAUCCGAUGCCGUGUGUUACAAGAAUGCCAAAGGGAGCAACACGUGCGCUUGUAACAGUGGUUACACCAUGACUCCCUUGGGCUGCAAGGAGCCAUGCACUGUGACUAAAUGUGGAGCGAAUGCCUUCUGUUACAAGAAUGCAGAAAGGAAUGACACAUGUGGUUGCAACGAUGGAUUCACCAUGACUUCCAAUGGUCGCUGCAUCGACUCGUGCCUUAUGCAGAACUGUGGUCCCAACGCCACCUGUGUCAAGGGCACAGGUGACCAGGCAUGGUGCAUUUGCAAGCAGGGCUUCAGAAAUGUGUCUGGGAAAUGCAUAGCCUGUCCUAAGGGGAAAUUGUGGAACGUGGACAUGCAAGCCUGUGUCUCCACGUGCAAAGAUCUGAAGGACUGCAAAAAUACCACUGGCCACUGCGUCAAUGGAAUGUGCUCGUGCAAGCCUGGCCUAGUCAUGCUCCCCAAUGAGACGUGUGCCUUACCAUGCGACCGGAACGAGUGUGGAUCCGAUGCCGUGUGUUACAAGAAUGCCACAGGGAGCAACACGUGCGCUUGUAACAGUGGUUACACCAUGACUCCCUUGGGCUGCAAGGAGCCAUGCACUGUGACUAAAUGUGGAGCGAAUGCCUUCUGUUACAAGAAUGCAGAAAGGAAUGAAACAUGUGGUUGCAACGAUGGAUUCACCAUGACUUCCAAUGGUCGCUGCAUCGAUGUGUGCGAUCUCUGUGGCCCCAAUGCUACAUGUGAGAUGGGCCUUCAAAGUGGAGCCAAAACCUGCCGUUGCAACAAUGGUUACUACAUGCUACCGAAUAACACCUGUGCCGCAACAUGCAUCAUCACAGGCUGUGCCAUUGGUUCUAGCUGCGUUGGAGACGUUAUUGAAGACAUGUAUUGCGCCGAGAACUGUUAUCUCAAGGGAUGCCACGACACGGCCAUGUGUGUCAAGGACCCUGCAUCUGGAAAGGCAUCUUGCCAGUGCAGCACAGGCUUGAUCAUGCAAUCUGACGGCACUUGCCAAGUGUGUGGCACCGACAGUGACUGCCCAAUGCACGCCUAUUGCAGCGGCGGUGUGGAGUGCGUUUGCCAACCCGACUACCCAUGGAACGGCACUCAUUGCACUGACCCCUGCGACGGUGUGAAGUGCCGUCCCAAUGCUUACUGCAACUACGGUCAAUGCGAUUGCAACCCCGACUACUACAUGCUAUCGAAUGGCACUUGCACUG